AUGGAGGGUUCUCCUUUGGAGUUCACCUGGGCGGGCCGAGCACUCCUUGCUGCUUCCGCUAGCAGGGGCAGUCACAGCAGCAGCAACCCUGCAGUGCAUCCAACGUCCCCCGCACUGGCAGCAGCAGGAGGAACAGUUGCAACGGGAGCAGCAGCAACUGGCAAACAGCGCAAGCCGCACAUCUUCAGUUUGAUUGACGAAGCUUUCCUGCGCGCUGCUGCUUCCCUCUAUCAGCAGCAGCAGCGGCGAGUGGCGCAGGAGCAUAUCUCCCAGGGAGAGGAGCAGCGGGAGGGGCCACAGCUGACGGAUCGGCAGCAGGAGCAGCAGCAGCAAGAGCGGAGGGAGCAGCAGCAGCACAGUGAGCACCAGCAGCAGCAGCAGCCGCAGCAGGGGCUCGAUGAUGCAGCGCGCAGCCUCUUGUCGUUUAGGGAGCUGCUGCCUCGAGAAGCUGCUGAUGGAGAGACGCCAGCGGCUUGCCUCUUCCUCGACAACACAUGUGCUGCUGCUGCUGCAGCGCAGCAGCACGUUUUGCUGCCUCCUGUCCAUGCUGUCCUGCUCCUGGGACCCUCAGGCAGCCCCAAAGCAGCGCUGGCUGCCGCUGCUAUUAGCUACUGCUUCCAUAAGCUCCAGAAGGCAACAGCAGCGGAGUCCGAGGAUCCAGACGCAGCAGCAGCAGCAGCAGCAACAGGAAGGAGAGAAGCAAUCAGUUCUAUCAGCGACUUUAUAAACAGAAUUUGCAGGGCCUGGUCAUUCCUGGUGCGAGGGCUUACCUCCGUGGCAUCCCCGCACUACAGCAGCAGCAGCAGCAGCAGCAAGUGGUUCUCCCAGGCCUGUGUCUCGACACAGUUUGCUCUUCGCGCCAGAAGCGGGUCAGCAGCACCCCGAGCAGCAGCAGCAGCAGAAACAGCAGCGGCAGCAGGUGCUGCAGCAGGUGUGGCGAGCGUCCCUGAGUGCCAGGUGUACGUGCACCCUCUAUUCCUCGCCGCUGACAGGGCUGCUGCUGCGCCGGUGUUUGGUGCUGCUGCUGCAGCAGCAGCUGCUGCUGUUGAUGACUCCGCAUCAUUUGUCCUGCUGCAACUUGUGAGGACUGCACUCCUGGAGGCCAGCAGGGAAGCAGCAGCGAAAACAGCGGGCGCAGCUGCUGCUGUUGCUGCUGCAGCUGCGUCAGUGCCCAGCGAAGCACCCAACGCUGAAGGUGCCGCGGCAGCAGAAGCAGAUUUUGACCUUUCGAAAACGCGGGCGAGCGAAGCAGCAGCAGCAGCAACAGCAGCUGCUGCUGUUGCGACGCUGCUGCAGCAGCUAGCUGCCCCGGAAAGGGAAGAAGCCUCAUGGCCUUUGACCUGGGGAACUGUUAGCAGUAUUUUGUCUAUUUUAGGUGUUUGUUGCGAAGUGAAGCAGCAGAUAGCCAGAGGGCUAAUUGUUGCUGCUGCUCUACCCUGUAUCUCCUUCACGCCUCCAUCAGGCCACAGCAAACUUCAAAACAGAAGUGCUGCUUCAGUGGUGAGGGAUUUUUUCUUUUUCUGUUGUUUGGAGGCUAUGGGGUCAGGGGCCGACGAUUUGGAAAACUUGUUUGUUUCUUCGCCAUUCUUGUGCUUCGAUUCCGACCUGGCCCCUAUUGCAGCAGCGCGGCGCGCUGCUGCUGCUGCAUCUCAGGUGUACAGACACCUGGUGGGGUGGGUAGCAGAGCUUGGGGGGCGUCAACUGACAGCCCUCGCUGCUGCAGUGCAGCAAACACCUGCAGCGGCUCCACAGGGUGAAGAUUUUGUGCUGCCUUGCUGCUGCAGCACCUGUUCAGACUCCAGAGAAGCAGCUGCAGCAGCAGCAGCAGGGGGCACGGCAGCAGAAGCAGCACAAGCUGAGACGCGAAGGCCGCCGGAGUGCCUGUUUAGCUCUCUCUCGAGCCACUUUAGGCCGCGCCCAUCCUCGCAGUCAGAGCUUGGAAGAGCAGCAGCUGCAGUAGUGCUGCUGGAAACUGUGGACUUCCUGCCAGAUAGUGAGGAGGACGCCACAGCAGCAGCAGCAGCAGCAGCAGCAGCAAGCCAUGCGCCGCGCUUCUUCUCAGCGGGCCUGAGUCGCCUCUGUAGCAACUUUUUGAACGAGAAGCUGCUGCAGCACAUGCAGCAGCAGCUGCUGCAGCAACUUUUGCAGCAGCAUUCCGAGCAGCGAGUACUCUCACCUAGAGAGACCGCUGAACUGCAUCAAGGCAUGGAAGAAUUGCUGCAGCAGCAAACGCUGCAGGAGCAGCAACUGCGUAGACACCAGGGACACCAGCAGCCCAGCUCUGUCUUUAGCUCUGGAGAGGAGGAAGCGGCAUUGCCGGCUUUGGCGCUGCUGGAGGGCCGCAGCAGCAGCAGCUCCAAGAAGCAGCGGCAAAUUAGCGUGUUUGGGUUGCUCUGUGAUGCUGCAAGGUCUCCAAUAAUCAGAGACGAGCAGAGGGAUCAAUUCUUCUUCCAGAAGCUGCAGCAGCAGCUGCCUGCAGCAAAUUUGGCGCUCUGCCGCAGCGUUAGCAGCAGUAGCAGCAACACAGACAGCUCUUCUCCUCUUUCCCUAACUCUGAGACAUGCGUGGGGCAAGAGUACAUACACUGUGGAUGGUUUUGCUGCUGGGGUUGUUCGCUGCAGCACAGCAGCAAACAGAGCGCUGGUGAACUUGUCUCCUCCGCUGCUGCCGUGGCUGCUGCAGCGCCUUGCCGGAGCUGAAGGCAGCAGCAGAAGCAGCAACAGCAGCUGGCUGCUGGGGGCGACGCCUUCGCUUCCUGCAGCUGCAGCAGCGCUUCUGGAUUGUCUUUCACCCCCUAAGUGCAGCUGUUCUUUUGCCGUUUGUUUGCCGGCCACUGUGCUGCAACAGCAGCUGCUGCAAAGGAGACUUUUGCUGCCGCAGCACGCGCUCCUGCAGCGACAGUGGUUCCCGGUGUCUGUACACCUGAAGACUGUGGAAAAAGCCGCAGCGGAGCUGCUGCUGCGAAAUGGCCAUCCUGCACCGAACAGUCCGGCUGCUGCUGUUGCAGCGGUAGCUGCAUUUGUUGCUGCAGCAGCAAGACUGCGCAACAGUGAAGCCUCUUUGCCUGCUGCUCUUACUGAAACAGAGUGCAAAGCCGCCACUUCAGAAGUAGAGACAGCUGCAACAGCAGCGGAAGCUGCAGCAGCAGCAGCAGCAGAGGCGCAGCGAGAACAAUCGGCGAGGCCCUGGAAAUUGGGCACCUCUGCAGUGUUCCUGUCUAGCAGCGCAGCAAUGCAGCUGCUCGAGGUGCAGCAGUGGCUGCAGGAUGAGGGAGAGGGGGAGUGGAUGGCAGCGGCAGCGGCUGCAGCAGCGGCUGCUGCAGCUGCUGCAGAGAGGCGCCAGCAGGUCCGCGCUGCGAUGCGGUCGAGCAUCUUGUGUGUUGCUGUUUUGGAGAAGCUGCGCAAACGCAGCAGCAGGAGAAAAGCCCGCGAGGCAGCUGCAGCAGAGGCAGCAGCAGAAGCAGCAGCAGCAGCGGCUGCAGCCGAAGCGAAAGCAGCGACGGAGACUUCAGAACUCAGCGAUGCGGCACCGUCAGAGACGCAGCAGCAGGUCGAAGCGCCGCAGCAGCAGCAGCGAAUGCCGCAGCUGCUGCUAGUGGGGAGGCGCGUGGACGAGCCACCUCCCAGAUCUGCUGCAAGUGCUGCUGCGGCUGCUACGCUGUCCGAGAACAGCCGCAUCCGCAAAGUGCUGCGCACUCAGAACCAGGCUCGGGAUGACCUGGAGCAGCAGCAGCAGCAGCAGCAGCAGCAGACGGGCAUAGAGGGACGGAUGCAGCUGCAUAAGGCGCCGGAGGAGGGUCAGUUACAGCGGCAGCAGCAGGUUUCGCGCAGAGCAGCAGAAGCACAGUCUGCCCUGCACGCCAGCAGCAGCAACAGCAAAGCUGCAGAGCAAAGCCAGCAGCUUUCUGUGAAAGCAUCUGAAGGCGAAGCAGCUGGUGAAGGAAGCUGCGACAAAGCGGCAACAGCAGCAACAGAAGCAGCAGCAGCAGGAGCAGCCGCAGCUGCAGCAGACCCCGGACAGCAAGAGGCAGCUGCGACGGUAGCCCGAAGUAACCAGGCGCGGUCGCAGAGACAAAGGCGGCAACGGAGACGCCGUGCCUCCCGAGCAGCGUCCGCAGCAGCAGCAGCAGCGGCAGCAGCUAGCGCCCCUGCAGCAGUUUCAGUCUCGCACCACCCCAAAUUCUACCCAGUCCCCCCGCCCCCUCCACCAUAUCCGCCCCCUCCUGCAUACCCCCCACCUCCUCCCAUCCCUCCCCCGCAGCUGCAGCGGGUGCCACUGCAUGCGCUGCAGCAUCAGCAGCUGCUGCUGCUGCAGCAGCAGCUGCGGCAUCUUCCAGCUGCAGCGCAGCCAGCCAUGUUUGCACCUCACCGGCAAGAAUUGCAUCAGUAUCCUCAGCAGCAGCUGCAGUGGCUUCCCGGCGGAAGGCAGCAGCAGCGGCAGCAGCACCGCAGUGCUGCUUACAGAGGCAGGCAGCCGCCGCCGCCGCAGCAGCAGCAGGAUCAGGCGGUACUACCUCUAGAGCAACAGCAAGUGAAGUUUUCCUUGCGCGCAGCUUACAAAGACUCUCAGAUGACUGAUUCGUAUCCGCAGCAGCAGCAGCAGCAGCUGCACUACCAGAGCUCCGACCCACGUUCUUCCUCGCAACGCUUCUAUCCUCACUCUCGCACGCCGCCUCCGCCGCCGCAGCCGCCGCAGCAGCAGCAGCGACAGCAGCAGCAGCAGGCGCAGCGGCCACGAAGCCGCGCUGAUAUGUGA